AUGGAAGAGUGUGACAAUGUCUUGGACAUACUAAAAAAGUAUGAGGAAGCCUCAGGACAAAAAAUGAAUAGAAGUAAAACCUUCUUGUUCUUUAGUAAGUCUAUACAGGAGGAGGUGAAGCACAGUAUCAAGAUGGCCUUAGGUGUUCCAGAAAUCUUGCACCAUGAAGAAUACCUUGGGCUGCCCUCCUUAGUUGGCAAAGGAAAAAAAGAAAGUUUUAACUACAUAAAGGAGAAGGUAUGGCGGAAACUUCAAGGGUGGGAAGCAAAAUUACUUUCUCAAGCUGGAAUGGAAGUGCUCUUAAAGGCAAUCAUACAAGCCACCCUAACUUACACUAUGGGAUGUUUCAAAUUGCCAUUGGAUGAUCGUAGGAAAAUCCAUUGGGUUAAAUUGGAGGAAAUGACAAAAUCUAAGACUAUUGGAGGUGUUGGAGUUGUAAUAAGGGACAACAAUGGAGCUGUUUUACCAUCUUGUUCAGAAAAAAUUAUUCAAGCUUAUAAGGCAGAAGAGAUAGAAGCCUUGGCUGCACUAAAAGCCUUGAUGUUCGCACAUGAGCUGAGUUUCCAAAAUGUUAUACUUGAAGGUGAUGCUCUUGGUUUGAUUCAAGCUUUGAAGUAA